GCUGAAAAAUCAAACCAACUACGAUAAAAACCAUCAGAACCACACUGGGGCUUUGAUUAUGACGUAGGCAAGAUUCUCGAGCGUUCAGCGCAUCCGUCGCGCGCCUCAGUAAGUUGGUGAAGAGACUCGCCGGCGCGCGUGAAGCUCGGAGCGGCUGCUCUCAAGCCUCCUCACCCUAUAAAGUGCGUCGGUGACGAAAGCAAAUUCAGCACUUGCUCCACGAGACAGCUCCAGUGCGGCGGCUCCCCAAAACUGGACUUUCAGUACUUUCAGAACACUCUUGCGCGCAUGAACAGUAGAAGUCUCCUCAUAUUUCUUGUGUUCAUCUAACUGUGAUCUGGGACCUUUUUUAUUCUCCACUAAAUAUGUACCAGGGGCAUUUGCAGGGGAAAGACUCUAGGGCUGCAGAUAAGACCGUUGCCAUGGUCCUGAAGGAGAUUCCCAAUAAGGCGUCCUCUGAAGGCAAACCCCUCCUCACGGUGACAAACAAGCUGGUGAGCGAGCAACAAGAGAGCCGUCCCUUGCUGAGCCCUUCCAUCGAUGAUUUCCUCUGCGAGACCAAGUGUGAUGGUGCUGCCCGACCAGUAACCUCAAACACAGCAGUUCUGUCCUCCUCUCUGGACCUGCUGGAUCUGAGUGAGCCUGGUGAGAGAAGACACAGCAAAGACAGAAAGAGCCCUCUUUCUUCUAAAAGCACACCGUAUAGGAAGAAGCCAGAUGAAACAGAGUUGAUCCAAGUGGACAUUGAACAGAGUAUUCCAUGUUCCCGCACACCUGAAAAAAUCUCAUUGGACUCAGCAGCAGUUCCAUCUUCAUUGGACAAAUGGGAAGAGCUCAACCCACACCCAGAGCGAACUGGUAGCAGAAAGUGGAAACUUGAGAGAAGACGUUCAUCAAAGAAUUCUGGUGAAUUUGUGUGGUCUAUGGAUUGCAAGCCUCAGCUAGACACUGUCCACAGGAACUCCCUGGAGGUAAACAAUAAAGUAGAGGCAGAAGCCGUGCCAGUAACCCAACUCAACAGGCAAUAUGUUAGUGGAAGACAUGGCCGAUUGAGCAAAGAGCAGAGGUGGGGCAGCACACUGCUGUCCAGAAACCAGUCUCUGGAGGAAGAGUUUGAGAGAGCGAAGGCAGCAGUGGAGUCAGACACAGAGUUUUGGGAUAAGAUGCAGGCAGAAUGGGAAGAACUUGCUCGCAGAAACUGGCUAACAGAAAAUGAGCAGCCACAGAUUCCCUCCAAUGUGUCUCCUUACGAAAAGGGAUAUUACUUUCACACAGAUAACCCUUUCAAAGACUGGCCGAAUGCGUUUGAGGAGGGAUUGCGCAAGUCGAGAGAAGGAGAGCUGCCGAACGCUGUGCUUCUUCUGGAAGCUGCCGUGCUGCAGGACCCUCAAGAUUCAGAGGCUUGGCUGGUGCUGGGAACCACACAAGCAGAGAGUGAGAAUGAGCAGGCAGCAAUUGUCUCCCUCCAGAGGUGUCUGGAGCUCCACCCCAACAACCUCCAGGCCCUCAUGGCUCUGGCGGUGAGCCUGACCAACACGGGCAUGAGGCAGGAAGCGUGUGAGGCACUGCUGGGCUGGAUAAGACACAACCCCAAAUAUAAGCAUCUUCUGAAGAGCCGCACGCACCUGCAGGGCUCACCUGGAUCACGGAGACCUUCCUAUCCCUGCCCAGUCAGCUGCCCCCUGUUGCCAGAGGUGAAGGAUCUUUACCUGGAAUCAGUCCAGCAGAACGUGGACACCAUUGACCCAGACCUGCAGACUGGGUUGGGAGUGCUGUAUAACCUCAGCUCUGAGUUCAACAAAGCAGUUGAUGCUUUCAAUGCAGCGCUGUCAGUGCGGCCGGAGGACUACCUGCUGUGGAAUCGGCUGGGGGCAACGCUGGCUAAUGGAGAUCGCAGCGAGGAAGCAGUGGAGGCCUAUACCAAAGCCCUGGAGCUCCAGCCUGGCUUCAUCCGCUCGCGUUACAACCUCGGCAUCAGCUGCAUUAACAUGGGCGCUCACAGGGAGGCAGCCAGUAAUUUCCUGACGGCCCUUGGUCUGCAGAGGAAGAGCAGGAGUCGUCAGCUUUCCCACCAGGUGAUGUCUGGGAACAUCUGGGCAGCGCUGCGGAUUGCUCUCUCCAUGCUGGACCAGCCAGAGCUCUUUCAAGCUGCUAACAUCGGAGACCUGGAUUUACUAAUGAGAGCUUUCAACCUGGACAUGUGAGAGAGGAAACCCUUUAAACAUGGCCAACAUCCAAAGUCCUUUAUGAGACCAACUUUGUCAGCAAGCAACUUGUUUUUUUUUCUUUCUUUUUUUUUUCCGCAGAGCACCUUUACAUUCCUGAGAACUGAGUGCUGGAUGAUACUAUUUUUAAGUAGAUUUGCACAUCAGUUUAAGAUUAAGAGCACAACGCCGGGUGAAGAUUGUACAAGUAUGCCUUAGAGAAAAUAUCAGCUAGUCCUGCUACAGAAGAAAAUCUGUUUUGACUUGUGAAACUGAUGAAAGGAACGCAGACGUUAAAUGCGCAAGAACAAGACUGACUCCACAUCAGUGACUUGAUUAGAUGUACUGUAUUACGUAGACUCCAUGCAUUGGUUGAAUUGCACUGUUUAUUUGAGAUGGUGAGGUCGUUUUAUUUGUUUGUUAAUUUUGGGGAUUUUGGUGGCCCUUGGUUGAACCCUGGACACUCCUCGCCUGAUCUCUGCUGCAUCGCCCCCUUUAUUUCCUGGAGCUUGCAGACCAGAUUUUAAAAAGCCUUACUUAUCGUGCAUGUAAAAUAGGUUACUGAGAUGUUAUCAGUAUGAUAUCAGAUAAAAGCCAUUCCUUGCCAUACUUUGACCUCUUGAUAAAACUGAAACCGAAGUCUACGUUUCAUCAAGGUCUUUUUUUUCUGUUUGUAAAACAUACCACAUCUUUGAAGUGUAGUAGGCCUACUGCUUAUUUUUCUGAAUUCAGUGCAGGGAAUUCACAUAUACUGCCCGCAAUAUCAAUCUAGAUUUGACAGGAAAACAAGUGUCUUUUGUGUUUUUGGAAAAAAAAAACGCUGCCCAAAAUCUAAGCCAAAAUAUUUGUGAUUAUAAGAGUUUUUUACCCUGAUACUGUCAUCGUUGCUCAUUUAUGCUGCCUUCAUGUGCUAUCAAAUUUAUGAUGAAUAUGAGAGAAAUUGUACAUGAAUAGAACCUAAAGCUGCAUUUCCAUGGAAGCUUGCUUUCGCUACACAUUUCAGACUUUAUUCCUACUUAUAACUAUAUAAGUAGACGCAAACUUGGAAUUCUUUGCAAACUGUGUAAGUUGGGAGAAAGAUAAACCACAUGAACUUCACAUGUUAAAAUGAGAAACAUAAAAUGUGGUUUCUAAUAUUUUUUUUUCCUGGGAAACCUGUGUGAUCACAUAUGAACACAUGGAUCACAUUAACCUGGCAUAUAUAGCAAGCUGUUAUAACAUUUAACCCUUAAAAAAGUGUGUGUUUUCAUGCUAAUAAUUCUUAUUUUUCAGCUACUACUGUUUAUUCUAUUAAGUACCAAUACUUACUCACUAGCUAGUGCUUAGCUUUAGGUACUAGUACUUGUGUGUUACAGAC